GGUCCCCCAUCGGACGCGUCCCCAGGUGGCGGAUAGGGGAAUGCUCGGCAGAUAUGCAGGGUAGUUGGGAAAUAAAAUACCGAUCGCGGACCAAAAACCAGAACGUGAAAUCCAGUACGCGUCUGUUCUCGUAUCGAGCGGCGUGCUGGUCGGCGCCUUUUCCUCAUGUCUGGGGCGGCCGUUUAAUGCAGAUAUAACUUCCCGAAAAGGUUAAACCAUCGAGAGACUACUUAUCUGAAGAAAGUAGCAUAUUUAUCUUCACCUGUGAGGAUACACUAGAACCUGAAACAAGGAAAGGAAAUUAUCUGAAUAUACUUAGCUGAUCGUGUAUGUUUCCAGUUAUGGUAUUAAUGGACGGCUUUAAAACUAUAUGACGAAUACGGCUAGUCUUACUGGACAAAUUCUAUAAAAUAUUAUGAAUUAUACACAUAAAGGAGAGAAGCGUUACGGUGCAGGGGUACUGGGUAGCUCCAGUACCGGCUCGGCGGGAGGUGGGUGUACAGGCCCCCCCCCCCGAGUCGUUAUCCAGCGGCUGUGCAUCGCAGGUGGUGAACCGUCAGGCUUCUGCGAUAUAAACUGCUACUGGCGAAGAGGACGACUGUCGCAGCACUCAUAGAGAGGAAGAAGUCUUUCUUGACAAACCUAGGGUUACACGAACUCCUCCUGAGAAAUGGAAUUCGAGAGACAAAGAAAAGGUGAGGAUCGCAGGAGGUAAAGACGAAGAAGAGAAGGAACGAGUGAUAAUUGGUCGAAGUUCAAGGACAAAAGGCCACGAGGACGAAAAAGUGGGUAGGAAGAUUAGCCUCGAGGAAAAGAUGGAGAUAGGUUUAGAAACCAUGGCGAAGAUUAUAGAAGCGAUCAUAGAUCAUAACGCCAUGAUUAAGAAUUUUAUGUUGAAAAGUAAAGAUGUUGUCCCUGAAAUGAGGGAUGCAUCCAUUACCAUGGGAUAUUACCUAGAAAAAGUAGCGGAAACAAUUGACCGUAUGAGAUUUGUAAACACUGAAUACAAACAGAAAAUGGUGAAAGAAGAUGAUGGUCAGAGUAAGAAAAUCAUGGGCAUUCAGACAGAGCCUACAUCACCAAGGAUAGCUGCACUGACGCCGGGAAAGAAGAAACCUGUAAAGAAGAAAGACACCUGUAAAAACUUAUCGACACAGACGAACCCAGAAAUAGAAGUAUCACUCACAUUGGUGCCUGAAUCAAUGCUAAAAAGGAAGGACAUUACUCCUCCAAUAGAAAACGCAGGUAAAAAAUCCAAAACUCAAGCAAGCGGCCGUGUACCACUAAGAAGAAAUGACAGAAAUAGUGCUACCGAGAUAUGCACACCUAGAUCUGAAGAAAUGACAGAGGCAACGGACUCUGAAUGGGAAACGGUGCAACCGAGGAAGACAAAAACGGGAGCCGGGCGCGGAAAGGUCACCGAAAAUAACCUGGAGGUAGAGGCGUCCUGAAAAGGGUUAAGGAGGCUGCUGGCCCCUCCCCUGAGAGUGUUAAACAAACCCGUGCAGGCAAUCUCUUGAUUGAGUUUACGCCGAACGCAGAUUUAGAAGGCUUCAAGAAAGUUAUUGAUGGAAAACUGG